UAUAUGUAACUGUCAUUUACUAAAAAUCAAUUUUUUCAUCAUUCGGUCGUCUUCAUAUAUUUUACCGAAAGUUUGUUAUUACGUUUUAAAUAUUUAGUGGCGUAAAAUUGGCUCCAAAAGGGAACUCAACUUAAAGCCAUCAACACUUAUUGUAUAACAAAAAUAAUAUCGACGUCUGCUCUGACGAACAUGAAAAUGGUGUUGUCUCAGAGGCAGCGCGAGGAGCUGAACCAAGCGAUUGCCGAUUAUUUAGGUAGCAAUGGCUAUACUGAAUCCUUAGAUGCAUUCCGCAAAGAAGCUGAUGUCUCCACAGAGAGCGAAAAAAAGUUCAGUGGACUUUUAGAAAAGAAAUGGACUUCUGUUAUUCGAUUGCAAAAAAAAGUUAUGGAGCUUGAAGCUAAAUUAUCAGAAGCUGAAAAGGAAGCAAUUGAAGGCGCUCCUACAAAAGCAAAACGAAGCCCUGGAGAAUGGAUUCCACGGCCACCAGAAAAAUUUUCAUUGACCGGGCAUCGCGCAAGCAUUACACGGGUAAUAUUUCACCCCAUUUUUGGUUUGAUGGUAUCUUCGUCAGAAGACGCUACCAUUAAAAUUUGGGACUUUGAAACUGGGGAAUACGAACGCAGUUUGAAAGGUCACACAGAUUCAGUUCAAGAUGUCGCUUUUGAUGCUCAAGGAAAACUUUUAGUAUCCUGUAGUGCUGAUUUAUCCAUAAAGUUAUGGGACUUUCAACAAACUUACGAAUGCAUUAAGACAAUGCAUGGCCAUGAUCAUAAUGUAUCGUCUGUAGCGUUUGUUCCCGCUGGAGAUUAUGUCAUUUCAGCAUCGCGGGAUAAAACUAUAAAAAUGUGGGAAGUGGCCACCGGCUACUGUGUGAAAACAUACACCGGACACAGAGAAUGGGUGCGUAUGGUGCGUGUACACGCGGAUGGUAGCAUCUUUGCUUCUUGUUCAAAUGAUCACUCCAUUCGCGUAUGGCUAACCAACACAAAGGAUUGCAAGGUUGAACUUCGAGACCAUGAUCACACAGUAGAGUGUAUAGCUUGGGCACCAGACUCAUCGAUGGCUGCUAUUAAUGAGGGGACUGGCAUUGACAACAAAAAAGGGCAUCAUCAAGGACCAUUUUUGGCAUCUGGAUCUCGAGAUAAAACUAUUCGGAUUUGGGACGUUAGUGUUGGUGUGUGUCUAUUUGCACUCAAUGGUCAUGAUAAUUGGGUCAGAGGUUUGUCAUUUCAUCCAGGCGGUAAAUAUCUUAUAUCAGCAAGCGAUGAUAAAACCAUUCGAGUUUGGGAUUUACGCAAUAAACGAUGUAUGAAAACGUUGUACGCACAUCAGCAUUUUUGUACUUCUAUUGAUUUUCACAAAAUUCACCCAUAUGUUAUUUCGGGCAGCGUGGAUCAGACUGUAAAAGUUUGGGAGUGCCGUUAAUUUUACUAACGAAUUACAAAACUUCAUACAGCCGAGCAACAUCUUUUAAAUUUCAGGAGCAAAAAUUAUAUGAACUAGAGAAUACAUGUAAUUCAAUACAAUUAUAAUAUAUUUAUUUAAUAAUGAUAAUAGUAUAACGAAAAUGGUAAUCUUAUUAAAAUAUUAUUUAUUUUAAAGCAAAUACUAGAGCAACUGAUGAAAAAUCUAAAGAGCAAGUACAUUAAUGUAAUAUUUUAAUUAAAGCAUAUAACAAGCUUACAGUUGAUAAAUAUACAUAUAAUAAAUA